UUUUCCGCAACGAGUUCAGUGACCUGCUUGUGUUGACGAUGUUGUGCCCUUUACUUGGGCGCGCCCACUCAAAUAAAUGCCUAUAGACACCUGUACAAAUAAGUUCACCUACACGCCCACUAAAUAGCUGGUUAUCCUAUCAAUUAGCGAGAUGGCUACUGGUGUGAUUCGAAGGGGCGAGUGUGUGACUCGUAGCGUUUUUAAGAUCCUCUCCCAGAGACACACAACACCAGUCUUCUGCUGCUUCGGGAUCCGGUCGGUUGAAGUCGCCUGUUCUGACGGUUAAGUUUUGUAGUUUGUGUGAAAGUUCCCCAGAGCUGUAAGCACAUGAUGUUGGGCUUUGCGUUCACACUGGUCCUGCUGGUGGCCCUGCUGGGCUCGCCUGGCCUGGGACAGCUGUCAGAAAUCAACACAACCAACUCCAACGUGCAGCAGCAGAUCGUGGACAUGCACAAUGAAAUCCGGAGAGAAAUCUCUGCAAGUAACAUGCUGAGGAUGAAUUGGAGCAGUGAGAUUUCAGCUAAUGCGCAGAAAUGGGCCGACACCUGUGCCAUGGGACACAGCACUCAGUCCAAGAGAACCGUCGGCAAUAUAAUAUGCGGAGAGAACAUCUACAUGUCCAGUCAUCCUGAUCCCUGGAGCAGUGCUAUCAAUGCUUGGAACAGCGAGAAGGAGUUUUACACAUACUCACAGUCCGUCAACUGGAACGCUGUGGGCCACUUUACACAGAUGAUCUGGCGCAGAACCAAUGAGGUUGGCUGUGGGGUGGCACACUGCCCUAGCAACUCCUCGGCACAGUACUUCUACGUCUGCCACUACUCUCCUCCAGGAAACUUCAGAGGCCAGUACCCCUACAAGAGGGGGCCCCAUUGUGCCGAUUGCCCAGAUUCCUGCGAAGACGACCUAUGCAACAAUCCUUGUCCUCAUUUUGACCACUACGCCAACUGUCGUUCUGUGGUGAAUAACAUAGGAUGUCGUCUCUCGCUCAUCCGAGCAUUCUGUCCCGCCUCCUGCCUGUGCAAAGGCGAAAUUGAUUAAUUGGCUGAUCAGUGAGGUCACCUGUCAAUUAAGCUCACCCCGCCCACAAUUACAGGGCAAAGCUGUAGAAGUUGUUCUGCGAUGCUCAGUCUCUCUCUCUCUCUGAUUAAAGCUGAUUAAAUGUUUCUUCCCCGUCCGUUUGCUUCCGAUUCUUUUCCACACCCCUCCUUUGAGUUUAAAAGUCAUCAGGAUUUUGAUGGAUAUAAGGCUGUGCCUAUCAGUAUUGUAAAAAGAUGCCAUGCACCUAUCCAAAUCAGCUACUUACAAUUAAAGUCUAAAGCAAAUAGGA